AUGAAGCAACUAAUCCUGUCUCAACAGUUCCAGCUGCGUCAUUUAUCAUCCACACAGCUACAUGUGUUGCGUGUAAGAGAGAUGGCAUACAGUGCUAUUGUGCGCCUUGGUUCACCGGCCGCCGAAUCCACCACCUACUUCCGCUUUUCUCUCCUCCAAUGCCACGUAACAACACCAUCCACCCUCUCGCGAUUUCUAAUAGCUCUCCCCAGGUACAAUACAAGGCAAUUUCCAGUACUUUCCCGUAAUCUCCGCUCUCGCGCCUCCUUGCUAUACGCCGUCGGAGAUGGUAGCGCGAUGCUCCAGGACGCUGGCGCCACGGUGUUGGUGAUGGGCGGUGCUUACGCUCUUGUAUCUACUUUCGACAACCUAACUCGACGCAACCUCAUCGAACAGAGUUUGAGCAGAAAACUGGUCCACAUAUUUUCGGGGUUGCUCUUCUUGGCUGCCUGGCCAAUUUUCAGCACAUCGACAGGAGCUCGCUACUUUGCUUCUUUAGUUCCUCUUAUAAAUUGCUUAAGGCUUGUAAUACACGGUCUUUCCUUGGCUACUGAUGAAGGACUCAUCAAAUCAGUUACCCGAGAGGGAAAGCCUGAGGAAUUGCUUAGAGGUCCUCUUUAUUAUGUUCUAGUAUUGAUUCUAUGUGCAAUUGUCUUCUGGCGUGACUCCCCAAUUGGAGUGAUUUCAUUGGCAAUGAUGUGCGGUGGGGAUGGUAUUGCUGAUAUUGUGGGAAGAAGAUUUGGUUCAGUAAAAAUUCCUUACAAUCGGCAGAAGAGUUGGGCUGGUAGUGUGUCAAUGUUUUUAUUUGGUUUCCUAGUUUCUGUCGGGAUGCUCUACUAUUUUUCAAUCCUUGGAUACUUUCAGCUGGAUUGGGUCCAGACAAUAGAAGCGGUAGCUUUGGUUUCAUUUGUGGCAACCGUUGUAGAGUCCCUUCCAACCGGAGGAUUAAUGGACGAUAAUAUCUCUGUUCCUUUAGCUAGCAUGCCCUACUUUAGGUUGGUAGAAGCUUAUGGUGGGAAGAUAAUAAUUGAAGAGGUUGACAUACGCAAGCUCGGCCUUCAUGAUCUUAGGUCUCGUUUUGGAAUCAUCUCUCAGGAACCUGUCCUAUUCGAGGGAACUGUUAGAAGUAAUGUUGACCCCCCUUGGUUGUAUUCUGAUGAUGAAAUAUGGAAGGUAUGA